GCGGCGGCCGUGGGGGUCAUGCUGGUGCUGGUGCUGGUGGUGCUGAUCCCCGUGCUGGUGAGCUCCGUGAGCUCCGACGCCAGCCACUACGAGAUGCUGGGCACCUGCCGCAUGGUGUGCGACCCCUACCUCAACAAGGGCCCCACCCCGGCCGGCAGCACCAGCAGCAGCUCGUCCACGGGGCUCCAGGGCGAGGCGGAGGCCCUGAGCGACCACAGCAACAUGCCGCCGCCCUCCACGCUGCAGCAGGGCCCCCAGGGCAAGCCCGGACGCCCGGGGAAACCCGGACCCACGGGACCCCCCGGAGAGCCGGGGCCACCGGGGCCGAUGGGGCCGCCGGGGGACAGAGGGGACCGGGGCCGGACUGGGGUUCUGGGCUUGGAAGGGGGCGCCGGGGGCGAUGGAGCUAUCAGCACGGCCACCUACAGCACCGUGCCGCGGGUGGCGUUCUACGCCGGACUUAAGAACCCCCACGAGGGCUACGAGAUCCUCAAGUUCGACGACGUGGUCACUAACCUGGGCAGCAACUAUGACGGCAUCUCCGGCAAGUUUAUCUGCAGCAUACCCGGCACUUACUUCUUCAUCUACCAUGUGCUGAUGAGGGGGGGGGACGGGACCAGCAUGUGGGCGGACCUCUGCAAAAACGGCCAGGUGCGGGCCAGCGCCAUCGCCCAGGACGCCGACCAGAACUACGACUACGCCUCCAACAGCGUGAUCCUCCACCUGGACGCGGGGGACGAGGUCUACAUCAAGCUGGACGGAGGCAAGGCGCACGGGGGGAACAACAACAAGUACAGCACCUUCAAUGGCUUCAUCCUCUACGCCGACUGA